CGGUCAUUUCGUCUCGACGAGCUAAGAAAGCCCUUCAUCCCCCAGUCAUGGCUCUCUGCGCAUAUUGUGACGCGUAUCAAGAACCUGCAAGCCUACUCGAAAAGCCCCUCGCCCUCCCGUCCUACGGCCAACUCGAGCGGAAUGCUGCCCAGGGUUGCGAGGGCUGUCGUUUCUUCCGGGACGCAAUAUUGCGCAUUCGCCUCGACGGUGGCGCAGAGGCGCCCAGUCCGGAAUCAUCUGUUUCCAUCCGUGCCGCAUGGCGCCAGAGGUGGGUUAAUUUGUCCUGCUGGGACCCGCAAUCGAGCCCUGCCCCGAUCGAAGCCAGGAUCCUCCCCGGCUGGUUCAACGCAUUCGAACCGACCUUUCUAAUCCCCGAAAACCCGACCGAAGAGGCCUGCUGGCAGAGGGCCCGGGAAUGGCUGCGCGAAUGCACCGAGCACGGCUGCGCGCCGCAAGUCGACACCCCUCUGCCGAAGCGGGUGAUCGAGCUCGCCGACGACGAGAGCGCCCCCCCGCGGCUCUUCCUGCCACCACCAGGGACGACUGGCCGCUUCGUCGCCCUGACGCACUGCUGGGGCCCGGCAGCAGCUCACAUGACCAAACUCCUCAGCGCCAACGAGGCCGCGUGGCAGUCCGACGGCGGCAUCGACGUGUCCUCGCUAUCGCGCAACUUCGUCGACGCGCUGGUGGUCGCCCGCCGGCUCGGGUUCCGGCACGUCUGGAUCGACGCGCUGUGCAUCGUGCAGGACUCGGCCGCCGACUGGGUCGAGCAGGCGCCCGAGAUGACGACCAUCUACGGCACGGCGGCGCUGGUGCUGUCGGCCGCGUCGGCCGCGCACAGCGACCAGGGCUUCCUCGUCCCGCGUGCGGCGCUGACCUCGCCUCUCCUCGGCGCCUCGCGCGAGCGGUACUUCGUCGCCGACGUGCACGUCGUGGGGGAGCACGAGUGGCGAAAGGUGCCGCCGCUCAGCGUGGUCGGUGGGUCGGUGCUGAGUUCCCGUGGCUGGGCGGCGCAGGAGCGCAUCCUGGCUACUCGUAUCCUACACUAUACGACAUUCGAGAUGAUUUGGGAGUGUGCUAGGUGCUGUCGAUUCGAGUCGACGCGGCCGCAGGUUGAGGAGGGGGGUCCGGACGCUCGUCACGGGCAGGGGAUGGUUUUGAACAAGGCGGAUAUGCUGGUACCAGCUGCGCAAUGGCGGCGUGCGCAUGACCAUCAGACGGAACCGCGAAAGGACGAAGCUGGGUCUGAGCCGGAUGCAAUCCUGCGCGUGUGGUUCAACUGCCUGCAGGAGUUCUCGCCCCGACGACUGACAUAUUCGUCCGACAAGCUUCCCGCCGUCGCUGGCCUGGCCGCCAUGUUCAGCAUCAGCCUGCGCGGCGCCGGGGGCUAUCUGGCCGGCCUAUGGAGCGGGCAUGUGGCACGAUGUCUUGCCUGGCAGUGUCAGGUAAACAGAAGGACCACCGUCUACCACCGUGCGCCCUCGUGGAGCUGGGCCUCGGUAGACGGCGAGGUGUGGUACGACUGGGAAGGCGCGGACCACAUCCUCCAUAGCUCCGUCGCGUCCUCGCCGUGGCCGAGUCGGCAUAACCCUCGCCUAGUAGAUCACCACAUGGUUCUCGGGAGUGGAUCAAACCCCUACAUGGGCGUCGAAGAAGGCUCCUUCAUCGUCCUGGAGGGAAACUGCAUGGAUGCCCGCACGUUGAAGUCCUUGUCCUUUGGGACCUGUUGUGAAGUCAAACCUGACGGGAGAGGAGGGUAUAGCGGGUCGUAUAGCGGAAGGCCGGGAUUCGAUAACGGCCCUGAAGAGAUCGUCUUGAUGCAGCUGCAAUGGACAACCAAGGAGUUCGACCCUGCGAGACGGGUUGUCAUCUGCGGGUUGCUCCUUUGCGGGACAGGGAGCGAGCCUACAUUCCGCCGGAUAGGCUUGGCGAGGUUCGCCAUCCCAAGUGGGCCUGGCAAUGUAGAUGGCCAGUUCAAGAUGGAUAGAAGUCUGGAGGAAACCUAUGACUCUCUUAGGUGGCGGCGAAGAGCCUUGAAGUUAAUCUAGGCGAAAUUUCAUCUUGGCUACAAGAGAAGUUGUUGCGGUACUUUGCUCGCACCAACUAUAACCUUUGAAGAACCUAUCUACCACACGAGGCUUACACAAGAGUGUCGUGGAGUCGACGCUCCUUUAGUUGCUUGAAAGACCAAGUUGCAAGAAAACGAGUAGAACUGCCGAAUAGCUAAGCUGACCAUCAUUAGAAG